AUGUCCAGCAAAUUUUCCACGGCCGAGACAAGCGUCUUAUGGGACAUCGAAGGUUGCCCAGUCCCUAAUGGUCUCUGUCCUGAUUUGAUAUCUAAGAAUAUCAAAUCAGCUCUUGAGAAUAUGGGUUAUAUAGGUGAAGUGUCAAUCACUGUUUACUAUGAUACGAACCUAAACCCAGACGACUUUGAAUCCGCCGGAAUCAAGCUCGUACGCACAUCAGCAAUAGAUAGAUAUGCGAGAGGUUCAGAGAUUUCUUCUGACGUUUUUGAUUGGGCCCCGUCAAGAAACCCAUCAAAUUGGAUGGUAAUUUUACGAGACUGCUCAGAGUCAGAUGACGUUGUCGAGACUAUUUGCGACUUGAAAUCGCCAAAAGAAAAUGUACUCUUAGGCUUAGCACAGCCUCAAAAGGCAUCAAGGAAACUACUUGGUAAGGCAAGCUCGGUGUGGCUUUGGACAAGCCUAUCAGCUGGAGGAAGCCCUAUCAAAGACCAAAGCGGAAGAAGCUCACAACAACGUCUUGACGACAAUACUUCUGUUUAUGGUGGAAGCUCAUCACAAAGAGCUACAACUCCGAACCAACAAGAAUAG